AUGUCGGAAUCACUAUUCCGCAAGCUUUGGCUGGAUAAGCUACCGCCAUACACAUCACAGAUUCUGGCUACCCUACCCGAUGACUUGGAUCUCUCGAGGACUGCUGAGAUCGCUGACAAAAUUAACGACGUAUCCACCAUUAGCAGCGUGGACUCCCCUGUACCCACUGACGCUGCUAUGAUGGAUGUAAUAAAACAGCUGAAACAGCAACUCGAGAGGCUUUCCACUCAAGUACAGCACCUUACCAGAGCAGAGGAUAAAAACUCAUACAAGGUACGGCGACGCUCUCAUUCUGCUACUCGCCGACCCAUGCUAUGCUGGUACCAUCUUAACUAUGGUGAUAGAGCCCACAGAUGCCAGCCUUCACCCAAGGCAUCACGGAAAGCGGGAAACGCCGAUCCCUUGAAGGCGGCAUCUACUGUUGGGACACAUACUACUAACCGUCUCUUCUAUAUAAAAGACAGGAAUUCUAACAUGUCAUUCCUGAUAGAUACGGGAGCACAGCUUAGUGUUGUUCCACCGUCACCCAACUUCACUAAGACUAACUCUUCAGUCACCUUACGCGCCGCUAAUGGCACGAACAUCAAGACUUUUGGCGAACAAUCGUUAACACUGGAUAUUGGACUUAGAAGGACAUACCAAUGGAUAUUCACCGUUGCAGACGUGAAAUUCCCCAUUUUAGGCGCCGACUUUUUGGCACAUUAUCAACUCAUCGUGGACCUCUCACAGCGUCAGUUAUCUGACUCCACCACGAAGCUAUCUAACCGCGGAAUUAUAUCACAGCUAACAUCUACGGAAUUACACAUCGCUGUGUUGCGUGAUAAUUCAAUUCAAGAUAUUCUGGAUAGAUUUCCCUCGUUGAUACAGCCUUUUACUUAUACAGAGCCUGUCAAGCACAGCACUGUAUACAGGAUUCGAACUACCGAACAGCCUGUCUAUUCUAAACCUCGCCGUCUUGCGCCAGACAAAUACAAGAUUGCCCGGGCCGAGUUCCAACACAUGCUCGACCUAGGGAUUAUUCGCCCCCUCCUCGAGUCCAUAUGCCUCACUGCUUCACAUGGUCACUAA